UGGUUUAAGUGGAGUGAGGGUGUUCCGGAGUGGGCCCCUUGUGCAGUGAGGGCCCCGGCAGGACACAUCGCACUCCGUGUAACAGGAGCUGGGAGGAGCCGGUGACGCGAAGCCUCCACCAGCCCCGCAGCGAGAGAAACACGAAAACAAUCCGAGCAGAGCGUCCGAGCGCAGCAAUGCGGAGCCCCGUGCUAGCUGUGCAUACAGGGCUGGGCUGCUCUGCGGGCGAUCCCCCCCUGUCCGGGUGAAGCAGUCUCUCUGGAGAUUAAAACGAGAGAUCAAAGCGAAGAGACCCGGCGCAGCCGGCACAGAACACACAACAUGUCCCGGUACAAGAAGGACAAGGAGAUCAUCGCGGAGUAUGAGAACCAAGUCAAAGAGAUCCGCGCCCAGCUGGUAGAGCAGUUUAAGUGCCUAGAACAGCAGUCCGAGUCCCGUCUGGCCCUGCUCCAGGACCUGCAGGAAUUCUUCCGCAGGAAGGCAGAGAUCGAGCUUGAGUAUUCCCGCAGCUUGGAGAAGCUGGCCGAGAGGUUCUCCUCCAAAGUCCGAAGCACCAGGGAGCAGCACCACUUUAAGAAAGAUCAGCAUCUCCUUUCUCCAGUGAAUUGUUGGUAUUUGGUCCUCUCUCAGACACGACGUGAAAGCAAAGAUCAUGCUACCCUCAAUGACAUCUUCCUUAAUAACGUCAUUGUGAGGCUGUCACAUAUCAGCGAGGAUGUGAUAAGACUCUUCAAAAAGAGUAAAGAAAUUGGGUUGCAGAUGCACGAAGAAUUGGCAAAAGUCACUAAUGAGUUGUAUACAGUGAUGAAGACAUAUCACAUGUACCAUGCAGAGAGCAUCAGCGCAGAAAGCAAACUCAAGGACGCAGAAAAGCAGGAGGAAAAGCAGUUUGGAAAAUCCAUAGAGCUGACUUCCAAUGCACUGCGCCACGAGGAGAGAACCCAAAGACGCAGCUCGGUGAAAAAGAUCGAGAAGAUGAAAGAGAAGAGACAAGCCAAAUACUCUGAGAACAAGCUGAAAUGCACAAAGGCCAGGAACGAGUAUCUGCUGAACUUAGCGGCCACCAACGGGUGCAUUAGUAAAUAUUACAUCCAUGAUGUGUCUGAUCUCAUAGAUUGCUGCGACCUGGGGUUCCAUGCCAGUCUUGCCCGUACGUUUCGCACAUACCUCUCCGCAGAGUACAACCUUGAGACAUCUCGGCACGAGGGCCUAGACAUUAUUGAGAAUGCUGUAGACAACCUGGAUGCCAGAAGUGACAAGCACAAGAUUAUGGACCUGUGCAACCAAGUUUUCUGUCCUCCACUGAAAUUUGACUUUCAACCCCACAUGGGUGAUGAGGUCUGCCAAGUGAGUGCCCAGCAGCCAGUCCAAAUGGAGCUUCUUGUACGGUACCACCAACUCCAGUCCCGUCUCACCACUCUCAAAAUAGAGAACGAGGAAGUGAGGAAGACAUUGGAUGCCACCAUGCAAACUUUGCAAGACAUGCUGACCGUCGAGGACUUUGACGUGUCGGAUGCCUUCCAGCACAGCCGCUCCACAGAAUCUAUUAAAUCAGCUGCCUCGGAGACCUACAUGAGCAAGUUAAACAUCUCCAAGAGGAGAGCCAACCAGCAAGAGACGGAGAGCUUUUACUUCUCGAAAUUUAAGGAAUUUUUGAAUGGAAGUAACCUCAUUACCAAACUCCAGGCCAAACACGACCUUCUGAAGCAGGCCCUUGGAGAGGGUGAGCGAGCUGACUACGGAACCACUAGGCCCCCGACUCUCCCCCCUAAACCCCAGAAAAUGAGGAAACCCCGACCACGCUCCCUGUAUAAUCAUAAGCUCUUUAACGGGAACAUGGAACUGUUUAUUAAGGACUCAGGACAGGCUAUCCCGUUGGUGGUGGAGAGCUGUAUACGGUACAUUAACUUAUAUGGUCUCCAGCAACAAGGGAUCUUCAGAGUUCCAGGCUCUCAGGUCGAAGUCAAUGAUAUUAAGAAUUCUUUCGAAAGAGGAGAGGAUCCACUAGUGGAGGAUCAUAGUGAACGGGAUAUUAACUCAGUGGCUGGUGUACUGAAGCUGUACUUCCGAGGUCUGGAGAACCCACUCUUUCCCAAGGAAAGGUUUCAAGACUUGAUAUCUACAAUCAAGAUAGAGAAUCCUACUGAAAGGGUCCAUCAGCUCCGUCAGAUCCUCAUCACUCUGCCCAGAUCAGUCCUUAUUGUCAUGCGAUAUCUCUUCGCCUUCCUGAAUCACUUGUCCCAGUAUAGUGAUGAGAACAUGAUGGACCCUUACAAUCUGGCCAUCUGCUUUGGGCCAACGUUAAUGCCUAUUCCGGAUGGACAGGAUCCUGUGUCCUGCCAGGCGCAUGUCAACGAGGUCAUCAAGAGCAUCAUCGUUCACCAUGAGUCCAUCUUCCCCUCGUCCCGUGAGCUGGAUGGUCCGGUUUAUGAGAAAUGUAUGACGGGUGGUGAAGAGUACUGUGACAGCCCCCACAGCGAGCCAGGCGCCAUCGAGGAGGUUGACCACGACAAUGGUACAGAACCUCACACAAGUGAUGAAGAGGUGGAGCAGAUUGAAGCCAUUGCUAAGUUUGACUAUGUGGGACGCACACCCCGGGAGCUGUCCUUUAAGAAAGGAGCUUCGUUACUUCUCUACCAUCGCGCUUCUGAGGAUUGGUGGGAAGGACGCCACAACGGAGUAGAUGGCUUGAUACCUCAUCAGUACAUUGUGGUGCAGGAUCUGGAUGAUGCGUUCUCAGACAGCCUUAGCCAAAAGGCAGAUAGUGAAGCCAGCAGCGGACCAUUAUUGGAUGAUAAAGCAUCUUCUAAAAAUGAUAUACAGUCUCCCACAGAACACCUGCAUGAGUACAGCUUCUCUGGAGUUUUGGGCAGAGUGAGAUUAAGGUCUGACGGAGCAGCCAUCCCACGUAGGAGAAGCGGAGGGGACAAUCACAGUCCUCCUAGACCUUUAGGGCCUUGCAUUGACACACCACCCCGUGCCGCUGCCUGCCCCAGUAGCCCCCACAAGCUAUCAUUGAGCAGAGGACGGGUGGACAGCCCUGAAAAACGGAGGAUGGCGACUUUUGGGAGUGUGGGAAGUAUUAAUUAUCCAGAAAGAAAAGGUCUUUGUGAAGUUGUCUCCCUGCGUUCUGUGUCUGGAGGCACUAGGCAUAGUAGUCUUGGAGACCACAAGUCCCUGGAGGCAGAGGCACUGGCUGAGGACAUUGAAAAGACGAUGAACACAGCCCUGAAUGAGCUACGAGAACUGGAGAGGCAGAAUACAGCCAAGCAGGCCCCAGAUGUGGUGCUGGACACUUUAGAACCAAUGAAGAACCCUGCUCUUGGAACGCCAAAUUCUGAGCCGGUCAGCCCCCUUCACACCAUUAUGAUACGGGACCCUGAUGCAGCUAUGAGGAGGAGCAGCUCCUCAAACACUGAGAUGAUGACCACCUUUAAACCGGCUCUUUCUGCACGCUUAGCAGGAGCCCAGCUCAGGCCACCACCUGUACGGCCUGCAAAGCCAAUGGUUCAGCAUCGAUCUAGCAGCAGUAGCAGCUCUGGUAUGGGAAGCCCAGCACUCACUCCUACAGAAAAAGUGUUCCCAAAUAACCCUUCAGACAAGUCAGGGACCAUGUAACUCAGACUCAAAUGAUUGCACAAUUGUCUGUUCAUAAUGCUGCGCAGAGUGUGCACAACCGCUAAGAGGGUUUGUUUCUGGGUGUAUACUGGUAGAGGCUCCAGUGUUUACAUUAUAGAGACCAUACCACAAAUGUUAUAUAAGAUCCUAUUGAUCAUGUCUUGGAUGGGAAAAGAGGAUCUUACCGCGAUUUAACAUUUCUCACUGAAUUCCUCCAUGAUCUCAUAAAGUAUCAUGCAACAAGAAAACCACUCACACUGGAUAUGAUACAGACAAACAUCUCAAAAAGUCCUCUUACAGACAACACAAUUGGACAUCUGACACAGGACCCACCCAAGCAAACAUCUUCGUUAUGACGUACCACAAACGGAUGUAUCUCAAGGGGUGGAAAGAAACCAGUCCAGCUACUGCUACUAUAGCCUAGGUACUCAAUUCAUACCAAAUCUAUCCACAGGUCACACAGAGGAUUUCUCUUUACAGGCCAAGUCCUUCCACCAUAUAUCCCACAAGGCAAAAAGUAACCUACCUUUAGACAAACAUCUCCCACCUGUCCUGCCAUUAGACAAACAUCUCUAACGGUAAUUCACCAAAUACCAAAA